AUGCACAGAUCGUGCCUCAUUCGCCAAACAGAACCUUUUACUCGCACACUAUUCAGCAGUUCGACAUCGAAUGGCGGUGUUCCAACACCUUCUGGAACUCAACAACCAACGGGCGCCACAGUCGCAACAAGUUAUGGAUAUUUCGCCGAUGUUUUCAAGUCUUUUGUAUCCAAGGUUGAGAAUCCGCUGAAUUAUUUGAAUGUUGGAUCGAGUACGAGUAAAGAACCGGUUGUUGAGACAAAAGCACAGUGAGUUACUUGAAAAAUUUUGAAUUUAUGUAUAAAAAUUCUGCAGAGUGAUCCAAAAACUGAACGAAAACCGCGUUUCACGCUCCGAAGUCGCUUCCAAAACUCGUGGACUUAUCAAGAAAAUCCUACUGGCUGAAAGCGCGCAAAGUCGGCUUGUCAGAGUUCGCCAACUCAGCGAGCAUAUAAUGGAUUUUCCGCCGACUCGAAUUGUUGCCGCACAAAAUGCGAAGCUUAUUGCCGAGUUACUUGAUAUGGUUUUGAAUGAUUCGGAUACGAAUCUUCGAGAAGAAUCUCGACAAUGUUUGACAUUGAUUGGUGUGCAUCCUGCGCCAAAGGGGAGAGGUGUUAAUUUAUUAUCGAUUGACGGCGGGGGAACGAGAGGAAUGAUGGGUUUAGAGGUUCUUGAGCAAAUUGAAUCACUUUCGGGGAAAAAGGUUGGUAAACUUUGGUGAAAUUCACAAUAGAAUUGUUUUCUAGUAGUUUUUGAGACUAUUCCGAUGUCUCGCGCUCCACCGAAAUAAACACGCAACGCAGACCGCGCCGCGCCACACGAAAAAGGGAGGGAAUUUGAAUCGUUCGUGUGUGUUGUGGUGCGACGCGGUCUGCGUUAUGUGUUUAUUUCGGUGGAGCGCGUGGUACCGAUGAGAUUUUCGAUAAUAAAUAUAUUUUCUAGUGGUUUUUGAGAUUCUGAUCAUUAUUCCGAUGUUUAAAAUUGCAGAAAAAUGGAAUUUUCAUGUUUUUUCCAGCAAUUGUGUUGAAAUAUUGGAUUUUAAUCGUAUUCAUGGGAUAGAAAGCUCUAGAAUGAUAAAUUUUGAUGAAUUUACCUUAUUCCUAAGUGAUUUAGCGAUUUUUCGACUAAAAUUUCGACUAAACCUCGCUAAAUCACUAAGGGAUAACGUAAAUUCAUCGAAAUUCAUAUCAUUCUAGACCUUUCUAUCCUAUGAAUACGAUUAAAAUCCAAUAUUUUAACACAAUUGCUGAAAAAACAUGAAAAUUCUGCAAUUUUGGAGAAAUGAUCAGAAUCUCAAAAACUACUAGAAAAUAUAUUUAGUUAGUUGUUUGAACUCGAAAAGUGUUCAUAGAACACUCAAAAUUCCGCAAAAAACACCUGUUGUUUGCAGAUCUGCGACAAUUUCGAUAUGAUUUGUGGUGUUAGCACUGGAGGAAUCAUCGCCGCAUUGUUGACAGUCAAAAGAUAUUCCGUGAAAGAAUGCCGCGAAAUCUACAUGGAUAUUUCGAGAAAACUAUUCUCACAGGGAAAAUUCCAAGGAGGAUUGGGUCUGAUUUGGAAACACUCGUAUUAUAAUACAACUCUUUGGAUCAAUAUUCUGAAAGAGAUUAUUGGCGAAGAUGUGACAUUGAUAAGCACUUCGAGGAAAUUAAAUACGCCAAGAUUGGCGGUUAUCGCGUCAAUUGUGAAUUUGCCCACAAUUCAACCAUAUAUCUUCCGCAAUUAUGAUCAUCCAGCUGGAAGAGAUUCGCAUUAUCGAGGUGGUACUGAACAUCCAUUAUGGACUGCGAUUCAAGCAUCAGCUGCUGCUCCUCUAUAUUUCUCCGAAGUCAAAUUAGAUAAUUUACUUCUUCAAGACGGUGGAGUUUAUGCCAAUAAUCCAACCGCAAUCGCCUAUCAUGAAGCCAAACUUCUCUGGCCAAAUGAGAAAUUCAAUUGUGUUGUAUCGGUUGGAAAUGGUAGAACUGUUGCGAACAUUGAACAUGUUCCAACAUUAUCGUCGACUUCUUUUCAAGACAAACUUCUGAAGAUUAUUGAUUCGGCGACGGAUACGGAAGGAGUUCAUAUAAAUGUUCAUGAUAUGUUGCCGGAUAAGGUUUAUUAUCGAUUUAAUCCGUAUAUGACUUAUACUUAUGGAUUGGAUGAAAUUGAUGCGGAUAAGUGAGUGGAUUUUUUGUUUUGGAAUAAAAAUUCAAGUCGAAAAAAAAUAAUUAAAAAAAAAUUUUUUACAAAAAAUUUCGAUUCAGCACAUACGUCGCAUAGCCUCGUUCUAAAUCUACCAGUGCAUACCCCUAUUAUUGAAAAUUUCUGGGAAAAGGGAUACCCCUACCAUUUUUUCCUUUUUCUUUUUUAUUUGGAGUUGUAAAAACUUGAUAAUCAUAAUUUUUGUUAAAAUUUGAGCUCAAAAUUGCUUCACUUCGACAAAAAUCUCAUUCUCAUCACUUUUGGGUCAAAUUUUGAUUAAAAAUUCCUAUUUGUCAAAAACAAAAAAAAUACGUUUCAAAAUUUUGAUAUAAUUUAUUAUCAAAUAUUUUUUUCAAUAUAAUCACUAUUCAUAGGAUAAAUUCAAGUGGAAGAGUUUUUAGUAGUCGCAUUGAUAUAUUGUCAUUCCGAAAAUAAAAGAACCCCCAUUUGAAUUGGCGGUCACGUACAGUAGACUAAAGAUGACGUGACACAUGCACAUCAAACUGGUUGGCAAAUAGCCAACGUGUAAAUUUCGCAUUUUAUUUUUCAAAUAGACUCCAAAAUUUUGCGAAGUCUACUGUGGUCUUGGUUUCCUAGGCCAUUUCGGUUCUCUUUCAAGUUCUUAUUUUUUUCGGAAUGACAAUAUUUUUAUCAAUAAGCUCAUUAUUCAUUAAGUCUCAAAAUUUUGAUUAAAAAUUCCGAUUUGUCGAAAAACAAAAAUAAUACGUUUCAAAAUUUUGAUAUAAUUUAUUAUCAAAUAUUUUUUUCAAUGUCACUUUCAUUAUGUAUACCUGCAAAAAGCGAAGUUUGAAAGACUUUCGAGAUUCUCAAUGUUUAUACCUUUAACGUGUUCAUUUCAAAACCCGGGGGUUUUUUCUUGAUCUUUGGGAUUUCGUAUUGAGAAUAAAUUAAAACCAAAAUUCUCAAAAUUGGGAUGAAAAUUCUGAAAUUAUCGAUAGAUAGAGUACAAAAAUGAGACAAUAAAUUUCGAUUCAGAAAAUGUCGAAAAUCUAUAUUUUUUUUUCCUAUUUUUCCACACAAAAAUAUCUCUCAGCAAAAUGAAAAAAAUAUCAAAAAAUGGGAAAAUAAUAGUUUUGUUAGACAUUUUCUGAAUCGAAUUUUUUUUUUCAAUUAUUUUUUUUCGACUUGAAUCACCCCAUAAAAAUGAAUUUUGUGUAGCUAAAAUGAGUUAUGGCGUGGCAAAAUCAGAAAUUUUGAAAAAUCAUGAACUAACCUCAAUUUCAAGCCUAAGAUAUUUGCGGAAAGUUCCUAAAAUUCAAAUUUUGAUCAUCAAAAAGUUGAGUUCUCUGAUUUUUAACAUCAAAAUAGUGAAACAACUAGAAAAAUAUAUUUUUCAAUAAUUUUCCAGACUCGAACAAAUGCAAAACGACGCAAAACUCUACGUGCGCCGAAAUUCGGAAAAAAUCGAAGACGCCUCCAAAAUCCUCAUCCAACCACCAACAAUCAAUCAAAAAGCCCAAAGAUACAUCAAAAGUGCGCUGGAUCUUCGCGGAUUCUAUAAACCCGCUUAG